CGGUUGUGCGUGUUCGGGGCGAGAGAGGAGAGCACAGAGUGAUCUCAACCAGGGCAGAGGUGCGACCGCGGCGGGAGCGCACUUCAAUCACGUGGGGGUGCGGAUUUGCACAGGGAAAAAGUAAAAGUUCGUCGGAGCGACUCCUGGUCGUACUUUGUCCCCCCCCCCACUCUCUCUCUUUGCCUUUCCGCCCCCUCGGCCCUGCAUUCCGCGGAGCAGCUGUGUUUUAAUGCCCCUGCGCACCCGAGGAGGAGAGGAAGGAGAGAAGAGUGAGGAAGAAGAGGCAGAAGAAGAAGAAGAAGUAGUGAGAAGGCCUGGAUACCACCUCUCCUCCCCUUUUGGAGGUCUGUCCACUCUCCCCUCCUGGCCCUGCAUGGACGGGGAUGGGGAGAGCCGGAUGCUGUUGCCGCGGGGCUGAGCGCCUCGCCUCCCCGUCUCUGGUGCGCCGCUUCCGGCCACUGCUGCUGCUGAUCAUCGCUCUCUGCUAUGGAGCUCACAUUGGUCAGUGUCAAGUGGCCAGCCCUCAGUGUCGUAUCCAGAAGUGCACCACGGACUUCGUCUCCCUGACCUCCCACCUGACGCUGCCCGAGGAUGGCCGUUUCAUCGAAUUUUGCAAGGCUUUGCGUUCAUACUCGGCCUGCACCCAGAGGACGGCCAAGUCCUGCCGGGGAAACCUGGUCUUCCACUCAGCUGUCUUGGGCAUCUCAGACCUCAUGAUCCAGAGGAAUUGCUCCAGAGAUGGGCCCACUUCCUCCACGCGACCUGAGGUCCACCAUGAGCCCUGCAACUACCACAGUCGCACCCAGCACGCCCACACACACUCUCACGUGCAUUCACACACGCACUCCCACACUCACGACCAGGGCCACAGCCACUAUCGGCCUGGGUACCUAUUCUGUGGGCUGUUUGGGGACCCACACCUGAGGACAUUCAAGGACAGCUUCCAGACUUGCAAGGUGGAGGGGGCGUGGCCUCUCAUCGAUAAUGACUAUCUGUCGGUGCAGGUCACUAAUGUUCCUGUGUUACCUGGCUCCAGUGCCACAGCGACCAAUAAGAUCACCAUCAUCUUCAAGCCCUAUGAGGGUUGCACAGACCAGAGGGUAUACCAGGCCGUCACAGACAACCUCCCUGCUGCAUUUGAUGAUGGCACCGUGAGCAGUGGAGACCCCAUCCACACUUUCGCUGGUGCAGAUGGUGCAGCAGGGAAGGUCCGAGCUCUGUGGAUCUCUGAGCGCACCCCGGGGCAGCACGUGGAGCUGCAUGCUGGCUACAUUGGUGUGACUAUAAUCGUUCGCCAGCUGGGCCGCUACCUGACCCUAGCAGUGCGGAUCCCAGAGGAGCUGGCUAAGGCCUACGAUGCCACCCAGGACCUGCAGCUCUGUCUGAAUGGCUGCCCCAGCGGAGAACGCAUCGACCAGGCAGGGCAUCUUUCCUUGCCCCUCUCCCCUCGUGCGCUUGGCCUACAGCUUCAGCAGCUGCGUCGGCCUAGCUAUUCCUCACAGAUACAAGCUUACCCCUAUGGUACCUCACAGGUUUUUGAUGUGGAUGGGGCAAUGGAUCACUGCAGGGAGGAGCUGGUGGUGCAGGACAUUUACUUCUACUCCUGUGUGUUUGAUCUGUUGACCACUGGGGAUGCUAAUUUCACAGUGGCAGCGUACAGCGCCAGGGAGGACAUGGAGAGUCUCCACCCGCACCGGGAUGGAUGGAGGAUCAUCCACCGUGACUCUGACACCUCCACCUUACACUCUGAUUGUCAACCUAUCAAAGGGCUCACUCUGCUCCUGCUGUGUGCUCUGAGUGUGGUGUUGAUGUAAUAGUGGGAAUGGGAGUCCUUGUGUGUGCCUGCAUGUGUGUGGGCUUGACUGUAUGUGUGCACUAGGGAGAGAGUUUUUUGCUGAGCACUGAUACUGAGUGCUGAUUCUUCUCUCAUGCAGAGAGGAAACAGUGGGCUGGUCAGUCACUGGGAACCAGACGUUUUUGAGGAAGAGGUGGCAGACCUCCCAGUGGUAACAGUAACCGCAUCCUACCUGGCAGAAUCAGCCCUGUGGAGGUAAAAAACACAGGAGAUGUGAUGACGGCUUACGCAAUCUGUCUUCUUCUUUGGAUAGGACACCAUUGACACAAACAUUCCUGUGUGGGUGAAUUGAGUGUGUGGAUAUACACUCCAGACUGUAAAUAGUUAAUUCUGUCUUCAGUGCACAAUGUGAUGGCGUAGAGUUUGGGUUUUUUUUGUGCCAUUUGAUGUGAUUAUUCUUUAACACCUCAGACAGAGGAUGUUUGUUUUAUUGGAAGCACUUUAUUUUGAUUUUUUUGUUUUUGUUUUUUUUUAACAAAUCCACAUCAGUGUUUCUUCCUCCCACUUACUCUCCUCCACCAAAAUCUCUAGUGGCUCAAGUUUUUGAAACUAUCUAUAAUUUGGUUUUUGUUCCUUUGAAAGUAAAAGUCAAUUAAUUACAAGGAGCUACCAUUUUUGUCAAAAUGCAUAAUUCUUCCCGGAGCUUUUUUGACACAGUGCCUCAUUUUAAGUCAGUCAAUGUGAGUUGUUCUGUUGAAUGUAUUAUGGAUAUUGUCACAGCAAAUGCCAUCUGUACUACUUUGUUGCUGUAUGAUUUUGUUGUUUUUCCUCAGUCCUGAUUUUAAAUGUGUGUGUGUGGGUGCGUCAGUGUUUUUUUUUUUUUUUUUUCACCAUUUGGUGACAUGCUUGAAUGUUAGAGGUAUUUCAUGUUAGAAGUAUUCCCAUCUUUUUGACCAAGAGGCUUUGACGUUACCGGCUCAUGUUUAUUACUCAGCGUAUUCUUUGUUGUUUUAAUUUGAGCCAAAGACAGAUGAUGUAUGGUUUUUAUGUACAAAGGAAAUCAUAACUCACCACCAAACAAGCACCCUUUUCCUCAUCACAGUCUCCCUCUGCCCUUUUUUAAAACUUGCUACUGUAGACUAUUUUUCUCCUACUGCCAGAAUUGACAAGCUGCUCCUUAAUGCGAUAUGUGUAAGAUAAUGGAAUGGAGCCAAAACACUGCAAAUCACUGAGAAAACGUCACCACAGAGUCUGCUGGGAUAUUUACUUCAGCACUGUGUUGUGGGGAAUUGUUGCCCUUUGAUACCUGGAAAAAAUGUCAAUCCCUACAACUAUGAGCUUUUUUAACAUGUAACAUUCUGUAUAAUUAUGCCCCAUAUGUUUGGCUGAUUAAGCUUAACCUCAGUUUUUUGGUUUUUUGUGAUCUCUUACAACACGUGUGAGUGUCAGUUUGGUGAAGAAUGUCUGGUCAGUGUUGAAAUACUUAACUUAUUUAUGAACGUAGUGUCCCGUAGAGGAAGUUAAGGUCCAUAUUCUUGCUGUUGGAUAAUAAUUUUAAAAAUGUCGGAUGUGAUUGUACUGCCACCUAGUGGUGCUCUGUUGCUAUGUCAGUGUGUUGCUAAAGGCGCUCAAAAAAAAAAAAAGAAAAAAGUUGAGGAAACAAACUGUGUGCAAGUGUUUUAUUUAAAAA